UCUCACUUUGGAGUAACAUGGAGACAUCAGUAGAAAGAGGAGAGGAUCACAUCAGCUCGUUCUGCCAGAGUAACCCACUGUAUGACUUGGACAUGAAACUGAGCAGGACUGACAUGUACACCUUCCAGAGCAGCGAUCUAAAACCAGCCAAGGCCAGAGGAGCACAGCGAUGUCUGAAUGUUAUUGUCAUUUACCUCAUCCUUCUGACUGCACUGAAUGCCUUCCUCCUGUAUAAAGUCUUUUCGAUGGAGUCUAGUAGUUUCUCCUCCUCUGGCUCCAGGACAGCGACGCUGACCGACAUCCACAUCCCCCUAGGGACGGACCAGGAGGAGGACCUCCGUACCCUGGCCAGAAACACCAGCCUGGAGUCCACCUCUCUCAGAGGAGACCUGGGGAGGUUACAGACCCAGGUCACCAACCUAUGUGGGGAGGAUGGCCAGCUGGGCCAGCUGAGGACGGACCUGGGCGUGGUCAAUGCCAGCACCACUCUCCUUCAGGACACAGUGAAAGCACUCAGAUUCCUCAAAGCUCCACCAGGCCCACAGGGACCUACUGGUCCACCUGGUGCGAGGGGGGAAAAAGGAGACACAGGUGAGACAGGACAAAAAGGAGACCCUGGAGUUGAUGGCCAGACUGGAGCCAAUGGAGAACCAGGGGAACCCGGACCCAAAGGUGAAGAUGGUGCCACUGGACCACAAGGACCAGCUGGUGCACCAGACAGUGCAGCCACUAACUGUUCAGGACCCCCUGGGCUGUCAGGACCACCGGGACCAAAGGGGGAUAUGGGACACAUUGGUUUACCCGGGAUACCAGGCCAGAACGGGACCAAAGGGGACACUGGAGUCCAGGGGCGUGGUGGAUUAAAAGGGGCCCGUGGUCCGAAGGGUGACACAGGGCUGAUAGGACAACCUGGACCCAUAGGACCUGAAGGACCAAGAGGACCUGCUGGUGUUAAUGGAACAAGAGGAUUUCCUGGUUUUCCAGGGUUGCAGGGAAGUCCUGGAAGCCAAGGUCCACGUGGAGAGAAGGGUGAAAGAGCAGCUGGACCAGCGAAUGUGCGUAUUGCUGGCGGGGGGGCUCGUGGGAGAGUGGAGGUGAUGUGGUUGGGGCAGUGGGGUACGGUGUGUGACGACAGCUUUGACACACUGGACGGGACGGUGCUCUGCCAGAUGCUGGGGUACCAAAGAGCCUCUACAGUCUUCACAGCCAGCGCCGGAAUGGGUAAGAUCUGGUUUGAUGACCUGCGCUGCAAAGGCACAGAGACCAGUGUGUUUGACUGCCCCCACAACGGCCUGGGCGUCAACAACUGUCAACACAACGAGGACGCUGGGGUGCAGUGUGUGUGAGUGUGUCCUGGAUCCAAAGGAGAGACUCCUGGAUGCACAGAAAGAGACACACACACACACAACAUGUAAACACAUUAACAUGUCAAAUACUGUAGUUAAUGGUAUUGAGACUUGUUGCAUCUGUCUCAUCUUAUUAAAACAACAUUAAUAACUUAUAGGCAUUUCAAUAAACUUGGCAUUUAACUAACAUGAAGCUAACUUAUCACUACCUGUAAUAAUGUACCCUGGAUGAAAGUUUAUACAGAAUACACUGAACUGCAUUUUGUAAACCAGUUUCAUCAGUUUUAAAUAAAACAGUGAAAAAUCAAA